AUGGCUUCAUCAAAUGAGUCUUCUGAGACUCAUAACGAAACACCAGCACCACCCCCGAAACAUAAACUCCCGCCAUGGUUGGACCACUUCAACACACAUGAUCUCAAAAUAUUCUUACGAUGCUGGAUCGCAAUCUGGGCCAUGAUGCUUCUCAUUUUCAUCCAUCCAGCGCUCACGAGACUCGGUCAAGCCACUUUCCUUGGAGCUAUCCUACUGUUCGCCGUACCACCCGCAAGUAUCGUCUUCAUCUAUCUCCUUGGUGCAUUAUCGCUUCUGCUGGGCAUGUGCUUAGCCUGGUGCUGGGGUCUCUUGACAAUGAAGGCGGCCCUUGCGGCCAGACCAGACGCCGAGACACAGGCUUUACUUGGGCAACUGCAGAAACAGGCAGUGCAAAAUGCAGAGCAGACGGGACAGCCGGCAGCUUGGGAGGCACAGAUUUUGAUCCAUAAUGGUUUCAUGCUCGAUGCGAGAGUAACAGCAGUUUUCUUCUGCAUGGGGUGCCUCUUUAUCUACACUUUGGCACGGUUGCGAUGCGCGAAUCCGAAAACAGUGGUACUACAAAUCUUUGGUACCAUUGUCACCGACAUAUUCCUCCUCUUUGGUCCUUCAAUCCCAACCUUCAAGGGUGAUAUCGCAUCAGUCCUAGUAAAGCCCGGCGCUAUCGGCAUUGGAAUUGGAUUGGUGUUCUGUCUCUUCUUAUUCCCUCACUCGACAUCCCAUGUGGUUCUCAGCGGUCUUGAAAGGUUGAUCCGUAUGUCGAACAAAGGAAUUGUUGUGACGAAAAAGGGUCUUCAGGGCGAUAGCAGUCCGCUUCCUGAACUUCAUGCAAGUAGAACGGGUAUGAUAUCAGCGUUCAAAGCCGGACAGCCAGCCCUCGCGUUUCUUCCCCUUGACUUUUCACGCGGUCUGUGGGGUGCAGAUGACAUCAAGGGCCUACACGAACGUGUUCGAAGAGUCAUGUAUACCAGCCUCUAUCUUAUUGACUUUCAGAUUGGUCGCGUCCGUGGACGGGAGAAAGAAGAAGAGCACAGAAAGGCUGAAGCUGAAGGUCGUCUUGAACCCGUCGGUGAGAAGGAUAAAUAUCACAUUGGCCGUCGGCAGAGACAGGAGACUGUGACCCUUCUAAGUGCUUUCGAAAGACCCGAGGCGGCCGAGUUACGAUCCAAGACGAGGAAUACACUGUUGGAGACGACAGCUGAAGUCAUGGAGAUUGGGCAGCAGGCAAUUAAACUUGCUGCUGAUUACGUUCAGGCUGUCAAUUCGUGCCGCUGGUUUAGGAAGACGUCGCCCGAACGAUUCCAAGAGUUGAAUAGAAGUCUUCACGAUCUUCUAGGUCGAUCGCGGGCAGCCAGAGAAUCAUGUGUUGUCAACACAACCAAGGGUGUUCUCGAAGCCCACGCAGAGGUAUUUGACGCCAAUGGUAAGCUGAGGCCUAUACAUGGAACUGAUAGGCCAUUCCUUCCUAGCAUGGUCAUUGCAAUGGUUGUCGAGGAACGCAUUCUCAGUUGGGCUACUUCUAUCGAACGACUUCUCGAGUACAUUCUUAACCUUUCGGAGACGCGCACCAGAGGUCGCAUAUGGGUUCCAUCCCGGGUGCAAUACGCUGUUUCAUGGCUGUUCCAUGGACAAAUCACGUAUCCUGGUCACGAUAUCGCAGCAGAAGAAGACCCAGACAAACUUAUGGUGGCUGAUACCUUUGACGAGGAAACAAAAGAGACCAAGCGACGGUUGGAGGUCGGUAGAGGGUACAAGGGAUCUUCAGCAAAGCGGAAUAAACUCAGCAAGAUUCUCAUUGCAUCGUACAACUGGCUCAUAAAUCCAGCUGGCAUGUAUGCCUUGAGAAUGGUAGUUGUCACAGUGGCGACAGGAAUCCCAUCUGUCAUCCCAAGCAGCUCAGGAUUUUUCUAUCGAGAGAAAGGCAUCUGGGCUGUUAUCAGUGCUCAGACGGUGCUUCUUGUAUACUUGGCUGAUUUUACGUUUUCCCUUGUUUCUCGAACGGUUGGGACUAUUAUUGGAGGUCUCAUCGGCAUGGUGACUUGGUAUAUCGGCGCAGGCAGCGGCAUCGGCAAUCCAUACGGCAUGGCGGCAGCCACAGGUGUCGCAAUUAUCCCUCUUCUUUGGUGGCGUCUCUAUCUCCCACCGUCAUUCCAAUUUGCUACAAUCAUGGCUGGUGCUACAUUCGCCCUUGUGAUCGGGUUCAGCUGGGACCAUGAUCACAUCGUGCAGUAUGGUCUGCCAGGCAAAGGCUACGAAGCAUUUUGGAAGCGCGUUGUCACUGUUUUGAUAGGAUUUGCCGCAGCGUUUAUCGUGCAGCUCUUCCCAAGCCCACCAUCUGGAACGACACACGUCUGCAAUACACUAGCGAAUUCUGUGCGCAGCUUAUCAGACCAUUACGCGCUGUUGAUAUCGCAUUGGGGACGCACUGAAAAGAACAGGGCUCUGGCUUCUGUCGCCGAGAAUAUCUCUAUUGAAGUCGCCGAAGUUUUACUCGCUUUGGGUCCCUCUAUUGCCCUGUUGAAAGGCGAGCUAAGUUUCGGGCCAUUUGAUCAACACGUUCUGCAGCGCACUAAAGAGCAGUGUCAGUAUAUCAACCAAGCACUAGGCGGUCUUCUAAAUCUCGCAUCCACAUUACCGAGAGAGCUCCAAGACCGUCUCAUCCGCGUUGCAGGGAUCCUAGAUGACCGGUCCAUUGGGGACAUUAUGGCUGUUCUCGCUGUUAUCGAACAGGCAUUGCGGACAGGCUCUCCUCUCCCUGAGCGUUUGCCAGCACCGUUGACACGACGAGCAAUGGAUCUGGUAGAAUCACAGAGUAACGAUGUCAUUUUGACUGCAACACUAGUACAGGAUGAGCAUCAUAGACGCUAUUGUGUGGCUGUAACGUUAUAUCUCAAGUUUUUGGGCAGCAUCGAUGACUUGCUGAUUGUCCUGAAGGAGGCUUUGGGUGAGAGACACAUCAUAUAUCAGUGGGGUGAUGUCAAGGACAUUGCAUAA